GAGUGUUUACAAACAUUUCACCACGUACCUUUUCAUUGAUGACAUGUCACUGCACUAGACAGACUAUUUAUUUACUUUACCGAUUCAUAAGCUGAAAGUAAUGUAUAGGCGUUGGCCAUUGACUGGUUGAAGUCAGGAACAUGAAUGUAAUAACAAUGUGACUCACAACACAUAACCUUUAUCAGGUUCCUCAUGUUCAAUCAAUACUGACUGUUGAAUUCAUGGUUGGAUGUUAAAAAAAUAAAGCCUUUUAGUCAGUAACCAAUGGCUGGAAUUCCGAAAAAAAAGACAGAGGCUGACUGUUCCCAUCAGGAGAGACAAGAUGAAGAAUUCCAGGUUUUAGAAUCUAUCUAUGCUGAGGCUCUUGAAGACUUGAGAAAAAAAUCUGCCUGGAAGGUUGCUAGGCCACUUGAGCUGAAACUGACUUUGAAGCCUCAGCAGAGCAUGGGUGGAGGAAAUCCCAUAUACACACAAAUUGAUAUGACUGUUAAAUGUUCGCCGUCAUACCCUGAUGUGGCACCUGAGAUUCUCCUCACAAACUCAAAAGGACUUUCUAAUCAGUUGGUUGCUGAACUUAAAACGAGACUGGAAAAAGAGGCUUCACAACUAGUUGGAGAGGUGAUGAUCUGGCAGCUGGCCAAUUCUGUGGAAGUCUUCCUUCAUGAGCACAACAAACCCCCGUCACAGUCUUUCUAUGAUCAGAUGAUCAGCAAUAACAGGCAGCAGGAGGAAAGAAAUAAGGAAUUGGAGAGGCUCAAAGAAGAACAAAAGAGGCUAGAAAUGGAACAGGAGAUCCUGAAAAGACAAGAGUUUUUUAAAAAUGAGACCAGGAGAAGAAAAGAAGAUCAUAAAAAUGCUGAAGCAAUAAAUUUACACCUGGGUUCUCCUAAGCCGGUUGUCAUGUUGUCUGCAUCUCCACCAUCUCCCCAUCCCAGAUCAGUGUCACCUGUUGCUCAAAAUAAACCAGGACCUCAUGUCAUGUCUGCACCCAUUCCAGUUGCACAGAGGAGACGUAAAACAAGCACAAAAAGAAAUGAGGAUGAUGAUUCUGGCACAAGCCCAUCAUGUAAAGAUCAUGCAAUGGGUGUGUCUGUGUUGACAUUCACCAAUAACAGAAUGGACAGAGUCAUAAACAGAGGAAGAUGUUUAGGUCACAGCAGCAGUGGAAGUACAAUGUAUGCUGGGAUGGAUAUGGCCAGUGGUGAGCUAGUGGCUGUUGGGGAAUGGACUCUGAAGUGGAGGCACUUCACCAAGAAAGCUAGUAGUGUAGAUAAAGAGGAGGACUCGGAGGGGGCCUCACACCUUAAGCAGGUAUUGAGCAUUGAACAAGAACUUAUAGCUUUACUGAGGUUAAGUCACACAAAUCUCAUUCAUUACCUGGGCUGGAGACAUCAGUAUCAGCCUGGUAAAAUCACAGUACAUGUUUUGAUGGAGUAUUCAGGGGGAACAAAUCUAGCUGUUUACUCCCAUCAUGGCAAUGCGUUACCAUUGGAGAUGCUAAAGGUCUACACAGCAGAACUCCUGCAAGCACUACAGUAUUUACAUAGAAAUUCUAUUGUACACAAGAAUCUCAGGGCAUCAAGUAUAUUCAUAGACAGCAGUGGGAAGGUUCGACUAGGUGAUUAUAGUAUAGAUAAAAGGCUAGGUGAUCUGUAUGAGACUGUUGACAAGGCCAGGCCAGGUGUGAGGUUCUCCGAUGUUAGACCAAUGGUUCUGGGGAGGGGAGGCCAAAAAGGUGACAUAUAUCAGUUGGGCUUGUUGAUGUUGACACUUAUCCUUGGGCAGCCUAUAAUGGAAACCAUUCCAGAAAUUCCAACUGAUCUCCCAUCUGUCCUUCAAGACUUCCUGACCAAGUGCCUGCUGAAGGACGAGAGAGUGCGAUGGACUGCAGCCCAGCUGACUGAACACGCCUUCAUCAAGGAGAAGCUCCCGCAGAAGGUUUCUCUAUCUGAAGCAUGCAAAGGUCUAACUGCAGCAAAAAGAGAAGAUGAAAAUAAUGAUGAUAACUCGGAUAAUAAGGAGGAGGAGGAAUUUGAAUAUCUGUGUAGCCUAGUGGCCAGUGGUCAUUCCAGACUUGCGUCUGAAUUUGAGUUGCUCAAAGUGUUGGGUAAAGGAGGAUUUGGUGAUGUCAUCAAGGUAAAGAACAAGCUAGACGGCAGGUUUUAUGCUAUCAAAAGAAUCCCACUCAACCCUAAGAGUAAAAUGUUCAACAAGAAGAUGAAGAGGGAAGUCAAGCUGCUGUCUCGCCUCAACCAUGAAAAUGUCGUCAGAUACUACUGUUCCUGGAUUGAAAUCAGCGACGACCCGGCGUUCUCUGACACGUCGUCCAGUUUCACAUCCUCGUCCCAGGCCCAGGAAGCGGCCAUGGCCAAGAAGGCCCCCCACAUUGUGCGCAGUAUCCCACUGACCAAGACCCCUGUCCUGACGGGCGUCAAGUCCGCCAACUCCAGUUACGACCCAACGGCAGAGAUGGAGAACCUGGUCCCACGUGUUGGGGAUGAGUCCGUGGAGUGGUUGACGUCAUUUGAUGGGGGGGAAGUAAUCAUUGAUUCCUCGUCAUCUGAAGAAGAGGAUGAAGCUGAUGUAUUUGGUUCUUCAUUUAUGCCAAAAAUCAACCGGUCUGAAGACAGCAUUAUAUUUGACACAGAUGACACAGGAGAUCAGGACAGAGAUCUCUCAACUGUGGAGAAGGAAACAGAACCCAGCACACCCCAACAAGAGGAGAGAGGUGAACCUGAGGCUUAUGUCCUGAAAAUAUUGUAUAUUCAGAUGGAGUACUGUGAGAAGAGCACAUUAAGGAACUGUAUUGAUGCUGGGCUGUGUAAUGAAAAGGAUAGGGUGUGGAGGCUGUUCAGGGAGAUUAUAGAAGGUCUGGUACACAUACAUGGCCAGGGCAUGAUCCAUAGAGACUUGAAGCCAGUCAACAUCUUCUUGGAUUCACUGGACCAUGUCAAGAUUGGAGACUUUGGCCUUGCUACUACAGACAUCAUUGCUAAGCAAGGGAUUUUACUGGACAAGACCCUGCCCUCCCCACAAGACCUGGGUUUGAACCACUCACGCUCUGGGUGCAGCAGUGGAGAUGGUAACCUCACUGGCCAGGUGGGCACAGCCUUGUAUGUCAGCCCAGAGGUUAUGCUAGGGGACAGAAAAGUUCAUUAUGACCAGAAAGUGGACAUCUACAGUCUGGGGAUAAUUUUCUUUGAGAUGUGCUACAAAUCCCUGACCACUGGCAUGGAGAGGGUCAGGGUCAUCAAUGACCUGCGUCUGCCAGAUGUUGUGCUGCCUGCUGAGUUUGACAGCGAUGAAAUGAAGAAUCAGGCCACCAUCAUCCGCUGGCUGUUGAACCAUGACCCAUCCAAACGUCCAACCUCCAAAGAGCUGCUGAGCUCAGACCUGCUGCCCCCACCCCUCAUGCAGGAGACAGAGCUGAGUGAGCUCCUGAGGUCAACCAUAUGUAACCCCCAGUCCACGUCCUACCGCUACAUGCUCAACGCCAUCUUCAAGCAGAAUGUUUCGCCGUUUCAUGAAGUUUCUUACGACCAUGAAAACUUUGAAGGGAUGAUGAGCUGGAAGACAGCUCUCCUGCACCAGAAGGUAGAAUCUGUUCUAGUCAAAGUGUUCUCAAACCAUGGGGCCAUCCACAUGCCUUUACCACUGUUGAUGCCCAAGUGCAGUGUGUAUGACAACAAUGAUCAGAUUGUUCGCGUGAUGGACCACAGAGGGGGGAUAGUCACCAUGCCGUUUGACCUUAGGGUCCCACUGGCUCGUUAUGUAGGCAGGUACAACAUCCGCUCCAUGAAAAGGUUUGCCAUAGAGAAGGUGUUCAGAGAGAAGAAGUUCUACAACGCUUUGUUCACGGUCCACCCUAAAGAGCUGACUGAGUGCGCCUUUGACAUCAUCACUACCUCCUCUAGUCUUAUCCCUGAUGCUGAGGUCCUGACUAUAGUCCAGGAGAUCAUAAACAGGUUCCCUUCAUUACAGGCAAGAAACUAUUACGUCCGCAUCAACCACGUAUCCCUGUUGAAAGCUGUACUGCUGCAUUGUGGGAUACCAGAAAAUGUGCACACUAAGGCUCUCAUCCUGCUGUCUGAGAAUAUUUCGAACAAGUCUAAGAGGACGGCCAUCUUGGAAACAGACCUGCAGUUGAAGCUUUCAGAGCAAACAGCCGCCCUACUCAACAACCUGCUGGACAUUGAAGCCCCUGUCAGCAAACUGGCUGGACAUCUCAAAUGUAUCACCAAGUCUAUGGGGCUGGCUAGUUCCCUGGUGAAAAGUGGAAUACAUGACAUUGAGAACAUCUUAUCACAUUCUUACAACAUGGGCUUAAAGUUACAGGUGUUAGUCUCCAUGAGCCUCAUUUACAACCCCAGCCAUUACUCCGGUGUACUCUAUCAGAUCAUGUGUGACAAUCGCAAGAAAAAGAAAAUUGUCACGGAGGUUCUAGCUGCUGGAGGUCGCUAUGACAAACUGAUAGAGAAGUUCACAAGUCUCCACCACACUGACCACGUCCAUGUCCAUGGUGUGGGUGUCAGUCUGUCCUUUGAGAGAUUGGCGGCUGUGGCUGCUGAGGAUGAGCAGAUCCAGCAAGAUUUAUCUCCCUGUGAUGUGAUUAUAUGUACCCUGGGUCAUCAUCUGAUGGUCAGGGAAAAACUCUCUGUGGCCAGAGACCUGUGGGCAGCAGGGUUUAGGGCAGAAGUCUUGUUUGAUAAGACAGAGGAUUUUGAUCAGCUACAAGACAAUUGUAGAAAUAAAGGAAUCUCAUUUAUUGUCAUACUAAAGGAGAGUGAAUCUUCAUCUAGGGUUAAGGUCCACUCACUACAAACAAUGACAGACAAAGCUGUUUACAUUCAUGACCUGGUUGAGUACCUACAGAAACACAAGAGGUCAGGGACUGACAGAGUAGAUUCCUCAGAUGUGGUCCAGUUCGCCCCCCAGAGGGCCAACAUCAAGGAGAACCAGGGCUACGGAGACACUAGUCACAACAUCAGCUCCGUCAACAUGGGCGUGGCCAACAGCAACGGGGCCACCUUCAACUGUAACAUCACAUUCUUAGCUCAGGACAACAAGAAAAGUUUUUUCUUGGUCAAGCGCAGACAUGAAACUUUGAUUGUCAGCAAAGUGUCAUCCCAGUUCCCAUGGCUGCCAGAUAAAAAUGUGGACAUUGUGGCCUUAGAGUUACCUGUGUCCAGUAUUAAAAUAAUUCAAGCUUAUAUUGAGCUCACAGAUGAAGCAGCAUUUGAAACCAGCAUCAAGCUUAUCAUGGAGAAGUUACCAAAGCUGCGUAAAUAUCUAGUUGAAGUGUUUGACACCAUCCAUGAUCUCAAGUUUAAAAAGAAGUGCAAUUUUAUUCUGCUCUACAGCAUAAAAGAGGAAACCUUACGUCUGCUCUUGUAGCAUAGUCAGCCCAACACAGUUGGUUAAUGGUUAUGUAGGCAAUGCUAAAUGUUUGCCAAUAGUUUUAUGUUGUGUAAUUUUUUUACUGCUGGGCUUUCUAUUUAGGAGAGCAAGUUUUGUUCUUCCAUAUCACGUUAAAAAUUUCUAGAUCUAUUUAGUUUAUGUUAAAAGUUUGUUUAAAAACAAUUUGUUUUAAAUGUUGUAGCUUAAGUAAUUCAAAUUAUUUAAAAUCGAUUAUAUUGAUAGCUAGAAUGACAUCCUCUAUUAUUCUAUAUGCACUUUAUAUAACUGUUAAUGUAUUUUACAUUACUCUAAACAAAUACCCCACAGAUAAUAGUCCCUGCACACAAUAGUGAGACUGUGUGUGCUAGACUGCUAACCCAAAAGUCACAAGUUUAAAUCCGGGUUCAUCCAGUUUGAAUGGGUAUCUAACUCAUGUUAGGGAAGUAAAGGCAGCUGGGCAUAGUUCUGACUACACUAUCCCUUCAUAUGCCAAGUCAGAAACAAGAAUACAUUUGAAUAAAUCUUGUGUGUCUGAAAGCAAUAAGAUAUGAAUCACAAUUUCAGUCCAGCUCACUAGAUCUUUUGCUGACAAUAUAAAUAGAGCCAAAACAUUUUGUAUUUCCUUGUACUUAAUAUAUCACAAAGUAUUUUUUUAUGUAUCAGCUCAUACCCCCCCCCCCCCCCAGCCCUCAGGUUUGGCUUCAGCCAGAGGAAUUGUAAAUACAGCGUGGCAUCUUUGUUGUAGGGGACGGGAGUGGCCUAAGCGGUAGAGAGUUAGACUGCCAACCCGUAAGCCUCGAGUUCAAAUUCCGGGUUCAAACCAGUAUACAGUCCCUGAGUCAACCCAGCUCUGAUGGGUACCUAACUCACUUUAGGGAAAGUAAAUACUGCUGAGCAUAAUGCUGACCACACUAUCCCUUCAUAUGUUGAGGUCGCAGAAAAAGAACUCUACAUCACUUGCUCCAUAGACCAUCAGGUUUGGUGGGGGGGACUUGACUUUUACAUCUUUAUUGUGGACUGAUCUCACUAGGCAGUUGCUAAACUAUAUUAGACUUAGCAUCUGGCUAGGUUGGGUAUGCUGUGUACAAAAACCUGUAGAUUUAACUGAAGCUCAGCUGACUAAUUGGAUCACAACAAAUGAACCCACUGCAUUAAUACAUAUUUUAUGGCAUUACAUUUUUUUUAUUAUUGUUGUUGAAAUUUUAUGUAAAUAGACAAUGAUGUUUUUCCUGUUGUUUUGUGCAUAGUGUACAAAUCUAUGCUCAUCUCACUUAAGUUAGUAUUUUUUAGUGUUAUGGGUCACCUACCUGUUUAUGAUGUCCUUAUAAAAAUUUAAACUUUCAGAAAUAUGCCUGCCC